AUGCAGCGGGACGAGGAGGCCGAGCUGCGCGAGCUGAACGCCCGCCUGGCCGGCUACGUGGGGCGGCUGCGGGCCCUGGAGGGGGAGAACGGGCGGCUGGCGCAAGAGCUGGCCGCCCUGCGCCGCUCCGGCCGCCCUGGGGAGCGCGAGCGGGAGGUGGCCGAGCUGCGCCGGGCGGCGGCCGAGCUGCGCCGGACCCUGGGCGAGGCGGAGCGCGAGCGGGAGGCGCUGCGGGGCGAGCGGGGGCGCCUGGAGGCCCUGGGCGCGCAGCUGCUGGACCUGCGCCGCCGCCGCCUGGAGCCCGAGGCCGGAGAGCUGCGCGCAAGGCUGGAGGCGCUGGCGGCCGACUGCGCCGCGCUGGAGGCGCAGCUGGGCCGGCUGCGGGCCGAGCGCGGCCGCCUGCAGGAGGAGAGGCGGCGGCGGCCCCCCGCCAAGACCCCCGCCCGGCAACGGGAGACCCCCCCGGGCCGGCGGGAGGCGGGCGAGCCGCGCGCCCUGGUGCUGCGCUGGAGCGGCGCGCGCUGCCUGGAGCGCUACGCGGCCGAGCUGGCGGCGCUGCGCGAGCUGGAGGGCCGCCUGCGCCCCGCCGACGCCCAGACCCUGCGCGCCCGCAACCGGCACGGCCGCCGGCGGGCCGAGGGGCUGCGGCGGCGCGCGGAGGAGCUGGCCGCCCUGGCCCAGCGGCUCGAGGCGGAGCGCAGGGCGCAGGCGGAGCGGCACGGCGCGCAGCGCAACGAGUACGAGAUGGUCAUUGAUGCCCUGGAAGAAGAAAAGCGGUUCCUAACCUUGUCUAUCGCCGAGUAUUUAAAGGACUACCACGAGCUGCUGCAGGUGAAAGCAAGUCUCAGCCUUGAAAUUGCAACUUACAGAGCUUUGUUAGAAGGAGAGAGCAGCCAGUGGAUUCUUCUGUGGGAAGAAGAAUAUGGAAGGAAAGUGCCCCAAGGGGUCCGAAACCUGCUUCAUGAAUAUAGCAAUCGCUACUCGGCUUAUCGGCAAGAGAAAGGAAGGAGAGCUUUCCCAGCAAUCCAGAAUGUUGACACAAGAUAUAAAACGCCGAUCGCAAACAUGAGCAGCUCUGCCGUUUAUUCAUCUCAAACAAAACCCAGCAGAAUUCAGACAGCUGCUACUGAGAAAGCGUUCAGGAAAGAUGCCGUCCGGUCGGAAUCCCGGCCUUCAGCAGCUAUUAGAAAGGAUGUGACUCAUCAGAGAACCGUGACAGACCAGAGGCAGGUCCGAACUUUCAGCCCAUCUCCUGUUAUUAGCAGAGAGAGUGAAGUUCGGCAAAGAACGCUGCCUGAAACCAAACGAGCGGAGGCUGUUACUGCAGCAUCUUUUUCAAAAGAAUCAGCAGAAGUCCGAAAGGAUACGACAAUCCCCAAUACUUUUGAGAACGUAAGACCCAAAAUAGCGGGGGUAUCUGCUACAUCGUACAGCCUAAAUUCCAGUUCUAAAGAAACUAAAUAUGAGAGAACCCAAGAAGGAACUGAUGUACGAGCGAGUAAACAAAUCAGCGAAGUUAAGCCAAUGGAAGAGAAGUCUGUUUUGUUACAAGAAAGGCAUGAAACGGAAAGAUCGGCCAGAGAAGUGACCGAUUCUGUCCGAGGAGAAGUGGAAAAGAAAUUGGCUGGACUCGAAACAACGGUUAACUUUGAAAAGAAGAUGGAAAUUAAGCAUGGAACAGAGGAGGAAAAGCAUACCAUGAAAGAACCAAGCAUCACCGAUAGCAGAAAGGAAGCCAGUCUUGCAGAAGAUGGAACCCCCAAGAAUGGAAAAUACGUCAAAUGGGAAGAACGUAUUAGGGUUGAUACAUCAGGAACAGAUUUGCCAUCCAGUAGAACGAUGGAUAAAAGUGGUUCGUUCCAACAUGACAAAAAUGUGACAACGCAAAGCAAAGAAGCUGUUGAGAUACCCAUUCAAGUCCAGCCGUUUAAAAACAAUAGGGCAGAAAUAACAUUACAAGACUCAAAACCUUUGAUAGGUAAACAAAAGGAUGAAGCCACACCGAAGUUCUCCAAAAAUAUUCCAGAGACGGAAUUGAACAGAGUGUUUGAAGAAGGAAGCCCUCAAAUGGAUACCUUAUUGACAGAAAGCAUAGCAGAAAAUAUAGUUUCUGACAUUCUUAAAGGUUUUGUGCAGAAAUCUUCUGAUUCGGGACUUCCCACUGAUACCAAAUUCACCUUCUCUGAAAAGAAACUUUCUGAGGAUGGAAAAAUGAAGUCUGAGGUCACUGUACAGUCUACAAUUCAAGAAGAUCUGGAUGAGUCUGAUCUGGAACGUUUCUUAAAGCAAGACGUUAAAGGGACGGGAGAUGCUAAGGGAGCUUUAUCUGAAGCUGCAUUAGAAGACAUCAUAAAUGCUAGCCUGAAAAGAAGGGAGGGCCAAGGGAAAAGGACUGUUCAGGUUGAGAUAGUGGAGGAGCCACUAGGAACUGCUGCUGAUGAAAGAGCAGAAUUCCCAACACCCUUUGAAGUGGAAGAGGCAGAAGAUACUUUGCCCUAUAUGGCAGGACAUCUGUAUUACGGGGCCGAAGAGAAGGCUACCACAAGUGCCGCUGAAGAUCUUAAACGACAGCAACCCAGUGUGAUUGUGUCUCAUGUCGAAGAAGUCUAUGAGGGGGACGAUGUAGUGGACGAAGAAAAAUAUUUUGUAUCGACUCCAGAAGAGCACCCCUUGGCUCACGAGAAAGACGAUGGCUCCAGAUAUGGACAAAUCCAUAUUGAAGAGGAAUCCACUAUUAAAUAUUCAUGGCAAGAUGAAUUUCUUCAGGGAGCUCAGAAAAGGGUAAAUGAAGGCAAGGGUUCACCGGAAAUUAUUUACCAAAUGAUGGGGGAAGAAGAAAAUGCCUUCAUUUCAAAGGAUGAGCAACCAGUGGAGCAGGUAGCGCAUGCCGAAUCCAUCAUUAUUGAGAGAGAGAUUAAAAUACCACAUGAAUUUCACACGUCAAUAAAGAGCCUGUUUUCUGAGGAGUCAAAGGACCCUAAGCACCAGCUGAAAGAAGCAUUGGAAACGCUUGAAGACAGCCUUCCAGAAAGCGUCAAGCAAGAGCUCUCAGCACUAACCAAAGAGGGCCAAGGUGAUUCAAGCAGUCUGGAAGUUGAUAUUAGAAAAGUGGAGCAGACCAAAAAGGGGGGCUUAGUUACUAUAGUUGCAGAAGUCAGUCUGUCUGAGACGCUCGACUCGGACCAGUUUAACACAGGAUAUCUUGGUGAAGGCCUUGCUGGGGAGAGAGAGUCCCCAACACGGGUCUCAACUACAUAUAAUUUUGAUGAACGCAGGCAGCAAGAGUCAGAAAGCUAUGACAACAGUAGAAGUAAAGCUGGAAUAAUCGAAGUUUCUUCCACGCCAUGGACUACCGAAGCGGUUUCUAGCUCGGCUAAAUUAACCAGCAGCGACGGCGUGAGAUACCAUACUAGCGAACAUGUGGUCAGUGAAGGCCCGGUGUUCAAAAGUUUGGGACUUGACAGCGCAAGUGACCCGUCUCACAUGCAAAGUUCAUUCGAUAUCAACAGAUCUGUACGGCAAAUUGCAGUCGGCCCGACAGAAAUUCGCAGAACUGAGCAGGUCCUGCAUGAAGGUCCCAUUUCAGAAAAUCUAGAGUUUGGCACAGGUGGCUUUGAGGCAGGAGCAACAACUAGCGUCAGCCGUUCCAUGCGAGGGUUCACACAUGGUCCUGAAGAAAUUCUGACAAUGGAAGAAAUAGUGUAUAGAGGGCCUGUUCGUGGACCGGUGGAAGUGAGUGGUCCUGAAAACCCUAGUCAGGCACAGUUCUCCUCUGAUAGGAGGUCCACUAAGCAUGUCAUGUUGGGCUCAAAGCAAAUCGUUGAAGAAAUAGUGUUUGAGGGGGUGGCUUCUGACUUGUCAGCAGAUGAUAAUAGCAGGGGUCUCUCUCAAACAAAAGGUUCGGCAGAAAGCAGCAGAUCAAUCAGGCACAUUCGAAUAGAUCCAAGAGGGGCACCAACUCAGCAAACAGUUUUUGAGGGCCCUCUUUCUGGAAUUGUGGAGCACAGCAGAACCGGCAAUUCUGUUUCAUUUGAUGGGUCGGUGAGGCACAUUAAGAUAGAACAGAAAGAAACCCCAGUCACUAACCAAGCCAUAUAUGAAGAAUCUUCUACUAAGACGACUGAACCGAGUCAUGAUCAAGACUGGCUUUCCAAAGAAGGGACACUGGAUACCAAUACAACCAUCAGACACAUCAAGUUAGCUCCCAAGGAAUUGGUGACAAUGGAGCAAAUUGUUUGGAAAGGGCCCAUUUCCGAACAACGUUUGGAGUUCAGCGAAUCUGGACCAACGUUCUCUUCUGACGGGUCAGUAAGGCAUGUUACACUGGGGCAGAAGGAAAUUUGGAGCGGCGAACGUGUCGCGUACCAUGGUUCUGUUUCUGGAUCUUCUGGUAUAGGCUCUGCAGGGGAAGAUACUUUAGAAACGGAAGGGCCCACGGAGAGCAGUCGAUCGGUCAGACACAUCAGAGUGGGCCCCGUUGAAACUCACACAGAACAGAUCGUAUUCCAAGGCCCUGUUUCCGAUAAAACGCCAAAGAUUGAUAUUGUGGCGCUUUCUCCCACAGAUGGGCCACCAGAAAGCCAAUCUCUUGGGCGCAUAAAGAUAGGACCGAAGGAAACAUCCUUUACCUUUCAGAUGGAUAUAACUAAGGUAGCAGGAGGAGGACAAGGAGCGAAAAUUCAGGUAUCGGAUACGAAAGACGCCCAUCCGGCAGAGGAUACAGCCACAGGUGGUGAUAGAGGCGUUGAAAGUGAACAAAGAUCAGAGGAGUCUUCAUUUGAGCAGACUGUUCAGCUGCAAAGGAUGGUAGACCACAGAUCUGUGGUUUCUGAUGAUAAGAAAAUUGCCCUUCUUUACCUUAAUGAAAAUGAAGAGGAGGAGGAGGAGGAGGGACCGUGGUUCUGAACAUAAGAGUUUUAUGAAAUGU